AUGGCGCGUGGGAUUGUACCGACUGAAACUACCAGACUUAUCGGCUCAGAGUCGGAAGAUGACGACACAUGUACCAGGGUGCCCGGAGAGCAUGCGGUAUACAGCCCCCAAUCAUCCAUUACAACUAUUUGCAUCAGUAUAGAGGCUAAUGACAAUGCACUUGGACAGCUAGAAUGGAGCUCGCCAACCGAUGCAGAGAAUCCCAAGAACUGGACAUCAUCACAAAAAUGGACCUGUGCCAUGAUUGUGUCAUUCUACUGCCUGAUAUCGCCAACUGCGGCAGCCAUGGUAGUCGCCGCCAUGCCUUCGCUGGCGCGAGACUUGCACAUCACCUCACAGGCGGUACUACAAUUGACCAUGUCGCUUUUCGUGCUUGGAUGGACUUCAGGCCCACUUGUCAUGGGGCCGCUAUCCGAAGUUUUUGGUCGCGCACCAAUAUUGCAUCUGGGAAACCUGGGGUUUAUCAUCUUCAAUCUACUUUGCGGACUUGUUAGGGAUCAGCGUCUAUUUCUGCUGCUGCGGCUGGUUAGCGGCAUCUGCGGCAGCGGACCUACUGCGCUGGGCACCGGAGUCCUGAGUGACCUCUGGAAAAGUGAAGAAAGAGGAUUCGCGCUCGCAAUAUACACAAUCAUGCCUCUCUUGGGGCCGACCGCGGGACCAUUACUCGCUGGUUACAUUGUGCAACACCAUGAGUGGCCCUACAUUUUUUAUACACUUUCCUUGGUAUCUGCCGUUGUCUUGGUACCUGGCGUUUUACUUCUCCCCGAGACAUUUGGUCCCGUCAUACUGCGUCGCAGACGGGCUGAGAAGCUCAGGAAACUGGGCCUCUCCACCACCGUGCUGAGAGUGGGCAACGUGAAACUCCAUUCCACAAGAGAGCUCAUCCAAAAGGGCCUCGCCAGGCCAUUUAUCCUUCUCGGCACCCAACCUAUUGUACAGGUCCUGGCGCUGCAGUUUGGUUUCUUCUUUGGGCUAUACCAAUUGUCCAUUGCGACAUACCACUCCUUGUGGAGAGAUUUAUACGACAUGCCUCCUUUGCGAGCUAGCGCCAACUAUCUUUCUAUAACCUUGGGUCUGGUCAUUGGUUGCGAGAUUGCCGGCCCAUUAGGCGAUCUGAUAUAUCGCACGCUGAAGAAGCGCAAUAAUAACGUUGGGCUUCCAGAGUACAGAGUCUGGCUCAUGAUACCGUCAGCCGUCCUCGUACCGGGCGGCCUUCUCUGGUUCGGCUGGUCGGCCGUGGCGCGCGCCCACUGGAUCAUGCCCAACCUGGGCAUGGCGCUCGCCUCGAUAGGCCUCGUCAUGUCCUUCAUGUGCAUGCAGGCCUACAUGAUGGACGCCUACCCCGUGUACGCCGCAUCGGCCCAGGGCGCGCUGACCGUUGCCCGAGCCCUGUCGGCGUUUGCCAUGCCCGUCAUGGCCCCUGCCAUGAUUGAAAAAUGGGGCUAUGGCUGGUCGAGUACCAUUCUGGCCGGCGUGGCUGCGGUUCUGGGCGCGUUGGCUCCCGCCCUGUUGCAUUGGAAGGGCGCCGCGCUGCGAGCUAGAAGCCCGUAUGCCGCUGGGGAUGCCAUUUUGGAAGCGUAG